CACCCAAGCCCACAACAGGACGGACGAGAGAGCAAUAAGCAAGAUAUAACACCAUGUCUUCCGCCGAAGCAACCGGUGAAACGCCCCUCGGGGGGCCCGGGGGACACUACGACUACCUCGUCAUCGGCGGGGGCAGCGGAGGCGUUUCCAGCGCCCGCCGGGCCGCGUCCCACGGGGCCAAGGUCGCCUUGAUCGAAGGCACCCCGAACCUGGGAGGGACUUGCGUUAACGUGGGCUGCGUGCCGAAGAAGGUCAUGUUCAACGCCGCCCACAUUAACGAGAUGCUGCACGCUUCCAAGCACUACGGAUACACGGUGGGCGAGACGUCGUUCGAUUGGGGAAAGCUCAAGGAGAUGCGGGACGCGUACGUCAGGCGGCUGAACGGCAUCUACCACCGCAACGUGGAGAAAUCGGGCGUCACGCUUGUCUACGGGAUGGCCAAGUUCGUGGGGCCGAAGAAGGCUGUUGUCGAGGGCGUGGAGUAUACUGCGGACCACGUCAUGAUCGCCGUGGGGGGGACGCCGUCGAUGCCAGACGUGCCCGGAGCGGAGCUCUGCAUCAACAGCGAUGGGUUCUUCGACGUCACGGAGCAGCCCAAGAAGGUGGCGGUCGUGGGCGCCGGUUACAUCGCCGUGGAGCUCGCGGGUAUCUUCGACGCCCUCGGCACGGAGACGCACCUAUUCAUCCGGCACGAGCGUGCCAUGCGAACGCUGGACCCCCUCCUCAGCGACAUACUCGACCUCGAGAUGGCACGCGCGGGUCUGGCCGUGCACAAGAACUCGACGACGGAAAAGAUCACCAAGGACGAAGCGACGGGAAAGCUCACCCUGCACACCAAGGACGGGCAUGCGCUCGGCGACUUGGAUGUCGUCCUGAUGGCCAUCGGGAGGUCGCCGAACGUGGGGUCGCUGGGUCUCCCGUCAGCCGGCGUCGAGCAGUCUGAGAGGGGACACAUCACCGUGGAUGAAUGGCAGAAUACUAGCGCCGAGGGGGUGUACGCGCUGGGCGACGUGACCGGCAGGGUGGAGCUUACGCCGAUGGCCAUCGCCGCCGGUCGGACGCUCUCGGACAGGCUCUUCGCGGGUAUGAAGGACGCCAAAGCGGACUACACCAACGUGCCCACGGUGGUGUUCUCUCACCCUCCCAUGGCGACGUGCGGAUUGACCGAGCCGGACGCCAGAGCGGCGUACGGGGAGGAUGCCGUCAAGGUUUACCAGAGCAAGUUCACCAACCUCUUCUUCGGCCACUGGCAGAUGCCCCCGGAAGACAAGGAGAAGACGGCAAUGAAGGUGAUCGUGACGGGCGAGAGCGAGAAGGUGGUAGGCAUCCACAUCAUCGGCAUGGGAGCCGACGAGAUGAUGCAAGGCUUCGGCGUGGCCAUGAAGAUGGGUUGCACGAAGGCUGACUUGGAUUCCUGCGUGGCGAUCCACCCCACGGCCUCGGAAGAGCUAGUCACCCUCGCCCCUUGGGGGCUCGAAAACGGGAAGCGAAGCGGGGUGUAAGGGCGGCGGGGAGGGGGCUGCAGUCCGUUCGCCGCCUUCUUGUUGUUGAGCCUGAUUGGCGACUGUUGUUGGUGUUCUUGCGGCUUCCUGCAAGUGACUUGGUUGGCGGACUGACUGCACUCCGCUGCCUGAUCGGUUGUUGUUGUUGGUGGGGGUGGUGAUGCUGCUGCUAGUGAAGUUGAGCCUUUCUGCAACGGCUUUGUUGUCGUCGCUGCAGCAGUCUACAUAGUCUUGCCGCGUUCUGCCUGCUUGGUGCAGGAUUCACUCUUUUAGAGUCGAUUUCCCCUGAAGGAAUAGUCUAGAACAGAUUUGUAGCGAUUGUGAUGAAACGAUUGGUGCAGGAUUCACUCUGUUGGUGGGUCUAGUCCCAGAGGAAUAGUCUCGACCUAAUAGCGACUAUGGUACAAUUCUCGCAGUUAUUUCCAUGUCUCUACAAUUGUAUCCUAUCUACACUUUUCCCCAGAGCGUCUUGCUCUUGGUGAUGAUGUUUGGCUGGGCUUCCCCCGUGCCCCUUGCUACUGCUGCAGUGCUGUUGGCGUGGCCCCCGUGUUGGGGAGCGAGCCAGGAGGAGGAGACAUCGUGCAUUGCUGUGGCAGUGCCGGUGGCGCGUCGAUCGCGCCUACUCCUUGUCUACUGCUUCCAUGCGUGCCUCCUGAAGGCGGAAUAGAGGUCCGCAACAGUCACAGCAACCGUCCAUGUACUUGUAUUGCCUGUUGCUGGGGCGCACAAGAGAGAUGGAUGGGUGUUGACGAAAACGCUGCACAAUACGUAGGAACAGUUCGCAGCUCAUUGCCGAGCCCCGCUGAGCGUAGGGCAAACUACGUACCUGUGCCUAUUUCUUUCGCUAAUUCGAAGCUUGUUUUUUUUGUCGCGUCGAGAAUCCGAGAUCCCGGGAUUUGUAGGCUCCUACAGCGACCCCAGAUCCCUGGUG